AUGUGGGGUGUCGUGAUCGUGCUAACCAUCCAGCUCGCCCUCUACGGAGCUCAAGCUGCGCGCGUAUCCUCCGACUUCCACACGCUCCUCUCGGACCGCCGUGAUGACGCGUCGCCCGGGAACAGCGGCGUACGGGACUGGAACCUCCGCAUGAGCCCCCAGCACUACUCUCCCGAGCUGUUCGACGCGGGACCCGUGACGUCGCUGCCCGGGUGGGACCAGCCCGAGCUGCCCUCGCAGCACUACGCCGGCUACGUCACCGUGAACGAAGAAGGCGGCCGCAACCUCUUCUUCUACCUUGCAACGGCAGAGCCGCAGGCGGGCGACAACCCCCCGCUGAUCCUGUGGCUCAACGGCGGGCCCGGGUGCUCCUCGUUCGACGGCUUCGUGUACGAGCACGGCCCGUUCUCCUUCUCCCGCGCGUCCGGCGACGCCAGCGCCAUCCAGCUGACGUCCAACCCCUUCUCCUGGACCAAGGCCGGGCACGUGGUCUACGUGGACAGCCCCGCGGGCGUCGGGUUCAGCUACGGCGACCCGUUCGACCUCGCCACGGGCGACGAGCGCACGUCGGACGACAUGGCCGUGAUGGUCCGCAUGCUGGUCGACCUGUUCGGGCUCGACGAGGUGCCCGUGUACAUCACGGGCGAGAGCUACGCGGGGAUCUACGUCCCCACGAUCACCACCAAGGUCGCGCGGGGCAACGCGCAGGGGCAGCUGCCGAUCGUGCGCCUCGAAGGCUAUGCCGUCGGGAACGGGUGCACCGACCCCGUGUACGACGGGAACGCCUACGUGCCCUUCGCGGCGGGCAUGUCGCUGAUCCCGCAGAGACUGUACGACGUCGCGUUCACGGCGUGCGGCGGCGGGAGCUUCUGGAACUACACCGCGAACCCGAACCCGGAGUGCCAGGCGUCGAUGGCGCACAUCCACGCCCUGGUGUCGCAACUCAACAUGUACGACAUCCUGAACAAGUGCUGGCGCCCCGGGCCGCAGAGCCACGCCGCGGCGCUCGCGGACGCCAUCGCUGCGCACGGGCCCACGUGGCCGCUGCGGCCCGUGCUGCGCAACGGCCAGCGCGUGCCGUCGUGGGCGAGCCUCCUCCGCGACGAGGGCCUCGGGCUCAACCCGCCGUGCAUCCGCACGGCCAUGGCGGACGACUGGCUGAACAGCGAGGCCGUGCGGGCGGCCAUCCACGCGCGCCCGGCGUCGGAGAUCGGGAAGUGGACGGUGUGCGCGGACAGCAUUGACUACACGCACGACAUGGGCAGCAUGCUGCAGUACCACGCGGAGCUGAUCACGCAGCACAAGCUGCGGUCGCUGAUCUACAGCGGGGACCACGACAUGGCUGUGCCGCACACGGGGUCGGAGCAGUGGACGCGGUGGAUGGGCGAGCAGCUGGGCGUGGUGGAGCCGUGGCGGGCGUGGGAGGUCGGCGGGCAGGUCGCGGGGUACGUCGCGCGGUACAGCGGGCUCACGUACUGCACCGUGAAGGGCGCCGGGCACAUGGUGCCGCAGAGCAACCCCGAGGAGGCACUGGAGAUGAUCCGCCGCUUCGUGCAGGACAAGCCCCUGUGA